AUGAUAAAGGACAAGCCAAGACAUUGGCAUGAAACCCUUUCAGAAGCCUUGUGGGCUUAUAGAAACUCGAAAAGAACAAGUACAGGAACAACUCCUUAUCGGCUAACAUUUGGCUAUGAUGUUGUGUUGCUGAUGGAGUUAAAUGUAAAAUUGGCAAUGGUAGCUUUACAACAUAAUUUAAUACCUUUCGAUUACAAUGAAGCUAUGUUUGCCGAGUUGGAAGACUUGGAUGAGGUUCAGAAACUUGCUUUAGACCACCUUAUGGUCCAUAAAGCAAAGGUAAUGAAGGCUUACAACAAAAGGGUGAAAUUCAAGUCAUUUGCAGAGGGUGAUAUGGUUUGGCAAACAAUUCUUCCACCUAGAAAAGUAGAUAGAACUUAUGGCAAGUGGUUACCUACUUGGAAGGGACCAUAUUUGGUUUACCAAGUGUUACAUGGAGGUGCAUACAAGUUGAAGGAUUUGGAUGGUGAGGUGCUUAAAAGACCAAUAAAUGGAAGGUAUUUGAAGAAGUAUCAACCCACUAUUUUUGAACUUAUAGAGGAAAAAAAAGCCUCUAAUGAGUCAAAUAUAGAGGAUGAGACCUCUGUUGUAACAGAAAGAGGAGAAAGCGAGGAAGGAGUCGCCGCCGCCGCCGAUGAGACCUUUGUUGUGGCGGUGACGAAAGCGAGGGCCGACGAUGGGUGUAAUGGUGGUGGCAGAUAG